GCUGUCUCUCAAUCUCUAGUGUACUUUACGUCUUUACCCGAUUAAAAAUCAUCAUGAAAAAUGGUGACCGGUAACCGUUAGUGCCGGUGCUCUCUGUAUCCUUUUUUAUCCAAGUAAUCGAGAGCCACGUUAUCUGUUCAACAUUCCACUACCCGCCCGGACUGUUCCGGUAUAACAACCAUGAGGAGGAUCAUCUCCGGCCGAUGAUUUACUGUGGUGUGUACCCUUAAUCCGCCAUCAAUCGGAUGGCCCUCCUCCAUCUCACAAACAUGCAACAGAUGGCCCCUCUUUCUCUCUGUCCAUCUUCCAAAUUCUCCGCCGCCGCCACCUUUUUCCCGCCAAAAUCGACCAUUCAAACCUACCACAGUGUCAGCUUUCUCAAACCUCCCAACGCCACCACCAGAAAACCCCCGAAAUCUUCCCGGGCUGUCGAAAACAAUCUCGCUGUGGCUAGAAAUCUCUGCCGGUUCCUACAGUCAGGGAGCUUCAAAAGCGCUCUCCAAGUGUUUGAGAAUCUGCCCAAACGAAGCCAAUUCAUUUGGAACGUGUUUAUUAGGUGUUUGACUGACAAUGAAUUCUUCCGGGAAGCCAUUUACUUUUACCACAGAAUGUUGGAGGGUGAUGUUGACGAUCGUGGAAUUGGGCCCGAUUAUUACACCUUUCCGUUUGUGAUCAAGGCUUGUGUUGGGCUUUCUGAUUUGGUUGAAGGCGAGAGGAUCCAUGCCAGGGUGAUCCGGAUGGGUUUGGAUGCGGACCUCUACGUUUGCAAUUCCCUCAUUGUUAUGUAUUCCAAGCUUGGAUGCCUCCAGCAGUCCCUGAAAAUAUUCCGGGGCAUGCCCGUUAAAGACUUGGUUUCUUGGAAUUCUAUGAUCAGUGCAUAUGUUUCAUCCGGGGAAGAUUUUGAGGCCCUGGUUUGCUUCCGGGAAAUGCAGGCUUCAGGAUUAGGUUUUGACCGGUUCGGUGCUAUCAGCAUUCUUGGUGCGUGUUCUUUGCUGAAUGGCAAGGAGGUCCACUGCCAAGUGAUCAGAAGGGGCAUAGAUUUGGAUUCCAUGAUUGCAACCUCAUUUGUGGACAUGUAUGGCAACUGUGGUUUGGUGGGAUAUUCGGAGAGAGUGUUUAUUGCUGUUUCUCAUUCUCUGAGGACUAUCCCUGUCUGGAAUGCUAUGAUUGGAGCUUACGCACGCAAUGAUGAAGUAACGAAAUGUUUUUCCUGCUUCCUUAUGAUGCAGGCGCGUGACAAAUUGGUUCCUGAUGCAGUGACGUUAAUAAACUUGCUACCCUCGUGCACAAGAAUGAGUGGUUUUCUGCAGGGGAGGGCUUUACAUGGUUUCGCCAUUAGAAGAGGGAUUUUUCCGCAUCUAUUUCUCGAGACUUCCCUAUUGGAUAUGUAUGGCAAAUGCGGCUGCCUAAGCUCAGCAGAGACCAUUUUUCUUGGUAUUCAGGAGAAGAAUUUGAUAUCAUGGAAUGCAAUGAUUGCAGCAUAUGUGCAUAAUUCCUCUUGGGAAGAAGCAAUAAAACUUUUCUUGGAUUUGUCACUUGAGGGCAUUCAACCACCGGAUGAGACCACAUUUGUGAAUCUCCUGCCUGCAUUUGCUGAAAUUGCUUUGCCGGUAGAAGGGAAGCAAAUCCAUGGUUACAUCAUCAAAAUGGGAUUUAGCUCGAAUAUGUUUAUAUGUAAUUCGCUUAUUUACAUGUACGGGAAAUGUGGGGAUAUCGCCGCUGCAGAGAAGGUUUUUGACUGCAUGGAGUACAAGAAUCUGAUCUCCUGGAACUCCAUUAUUAUGGCAUUCGGUAUUCAUGGGCUUGGCAAAGUUUCAAUUCAACUCUUCUGUAGUAUGUUGGAAGAGGGCAUGAAACCAAAUGCAAGUACCUUUGUUUCUCUCUUAACAUCUUGCAGCAUCAGCGGCUUGGUGGAUGAAGGUCGCGGCUACUUCAAUUCAAUGAGAACAGAGUACAAUAUGGAGCCUGGAAUCGAGCAUUAUGGUUGUAUUGUUGACAUAGAGGGACGUACAGGUGAUCUUCAGCUUGCUAAGCUUAUAAUCGAUGAAAUGCCAUUAGUGCCAACUGCCAGGAUCUGGGGAUCACUUCUGGCGGCGAGUAGGUGCCACCGAGACCUUGAACUUGCAGAACUUGCUGCAAAUCACGUCCUGUCAAUAGAAAACAACAACACGGGCUGUUACAUCUUGUUGUCAAACAUGUACGCUGAACUGAGGAGACCGGCCGAUGUGGAACGUGUGAGGCGCUCCAUGGAAAGCCAUGGAUUGAGGAAAACCAUUGCUCACAGCAAGAUCGAACACAGAGGCAAGGUUUAUCGGUUCACGAAUCACGAUUGUGUGCAUCCUAAGGCAAGCUUGAUUUACGAGGCAUUAGAUAUUAUCUCAAGAAAGAAAGGCGACAACUUAUGGAUACCCCAUGGUUCUAAUAUGUUCAAACCAGCAGAUGUAGUCAGGAGAAAAGCAAAUUCCACUCUGUACCACAGUGUGAGGUUGGCUAUCUGUUACGGGUUGAUUUGUACAUCAAUUGGGGCACCUGUUCUUGUUAGGAAAAACGUACGGAUGUGCAGGGAAUGCCAUGAUGCGGCCAAGAAAAUCUCAGAAAUUGCAGAUAGGGAGAUACUAGUUGGAGAUGCAAAAGUUUAUCAUCACUUCAGGAAUGGGCAAUGCUCGUGUAAAGAUUAUUGGUGACGGGUUAGUUUUCUUUAGUUCUUGACAAAGUUAUUACUGUUUCUUAAGAGUUUUCUGUAUACUUGGUUAGAGAUGCACAUAGUAUUAUGAGAGAAAACCAAUUGUGUAGAGGAAAUGAGACAAGAGAGACCCAAUACUGUAUACAAUGUAUAUAAACAAACACCAUAUGCUUUCCAUUAGAACAUUAAUUCGUCUCUUUUUUGAUCCUACCCAUCUUAUAGCUAUCCAUGUAAAAACAGAGGGGCUUAAUUCCUUUUGGAAAUUUAAAAUCUAUACUAUUAGAGUGAGAGGGAGAAGCUUCUAAGCGAAGAAAGAAAAAAAAAAAAGAGUGAGAGGGAGAGGCUUGAUGCAAAUUGCAGUUAAUGAGAGUUGAAGUCUCAGUUGACUUACAAGGAGUUGUCACUGUGCUCUAAUCACUCCUAAAAUGUACAUAAACAUAGAGGGGAAGGAUUUGAAAUCAUCCCCAAAUCAUUUCUGAACUUGUACUAUCCUUGUAAAUGUUCUUUAUUGGUUCAGGAGGGGCAUUAGAUUAUGUAUAAUUAGGUUAGGAAUGAUGGGCCUUAUUCCUGUUUAAACUUUAAAGUAAUAGCAGUUUUUUUUCCAAUCAAUAUUUUUAUUUAUUUUGUAAUCAUAAUGACUACACUGUGCCUCAUUUUGUCGCUUGAAUUGUUGAACUUGAACAUCAAUCAAAAUAGUUUGUGAUAUCAUAUAACAGACAUUUGAGCUUAUUAUGUCAUCUACAACGGAUAUAAAAAAUGAAUCUACGACUAAAUGCUUUACACAUCUUGUAAUAUACUACCUCUUAGAUUUUGACAUGUCGUUGCCUUUUAGGGUUCAUUAUUACUUGUUUACUACUCUCUUAGUCCAAAAAAAAAAAUAGUCCAAUUUGAUUUUUAAAAUUUGUACUAAAAACAGUAAAAAAUAAAAAUUCAAUGUGAAUUUUUUUUGGGACGGAAGUAGUAGUACUAUUAUGGAACCUGGUUUUAAAUCAAUAAUUGGGUGCCUUUUGGUUUGGAUGGAAUCAUGGAAAUGUGAAAUUGCUACAGAAAGAAGAAUAAAUUGCAAAAUGCAGGGCGAACCAGCUAGACAAACUCAUUCUCAUGUUCAAUCAAUUUUGUCAGAAACAUCCCUUUCUACUAUUAUAUAUGUACAAUGAAAAUACAAAAAACAAAAAAACAAACCAAAGUCACCUCUCAAGUCUCAACCCUCUACAUGUAGACAAAAAUUUGAUUUUUUUUUUAAAAAAAAAAGAGGAAGAAAAGAAAGCCAGAAAACUCUAGGCCAAAGGAAAAAGGGACAAUGAAAUUUGAAAAAUUGACAACCAAUCAGAAUAAAGCAUCUCCCAAAACCAAAAAAAAAAAAAAAAAAAAAAGAAAGAGAGCUUCAUCUGACUUUGUGACUGAGUCAACUCUUGUUGUUGCAACCUGCAAAUAUUUGGUUCACCUGGAGAAAACGGAAACCCAGUUCUUAGUGAUCACCAUAACGACAUCGUUAAGGCAUCCGAAAAUCCCACGGCCGCCGCAGAGGAGAUUCUUGAGCUUGUGCAGGAAGUUCCGGGUGUGGGUCCCGCCCGGGGAGUCGGCACCGCUCAUGGGGAGGAGGUAGGCCCACGCAGCGUGCUGCAAGAGCGGGUCUUUGAUGGGUAUUUCCCGCCAACUAUCUUUCCGGCAACCACUACUACAACUUGACAUGAUGAGCCAGGACGAGGGCGAAGCUGAGGACGGGGGCGACGUUUCCAACAAGUCCUUGAGACUGGUGUAAGGGGUAGCCUCAAAAGUAAUCAUCUCGAUAUGAUUAUGAUGAUCAUGAUGGAAUUGGGCGGGACUGAUCAUGAAGUCUCCUCUAAAUGGUUUGAUCCUGACUUCGUAAUCGGAGUUGAUUGAAGCCGCGCCCAUCCAGGCUCCAACUGAACUUCAGUCUCUUCUUUUUUUCUUUUUGUUUUUUCCUCCUCUGAGCAAAAAGAAAAGGAUAAUAAAUUGAAGAAAUACAGAAGAAAUGAUAGAACACAAGAUGGGAAAGAAAGAAUAACAGGAGAGGAUCAGAGGUGGAGAAGGAGAUUUUGGUAUUAUUUUGGUUGGUGGGGUUUGCAGCUAUAAGAUUGUUUUGUACUAAUUUUGUAGUCCUGGAAAAUUGUCUCGUCUCGUCUCCAAAGAGAGUGAGAGUGAUGGGGUUGGGGUCCCAGUUUAAUGAAAUUAAGCCAUAAGCUAAGGACACGUAACGUUUUGUUAAAAUGUACAAAGGUCUCUGUGUGCGUGCGUGUGUGUGAGUUGUGAUUUUGUGACUGUUGUUUUAGUUUAGUAGGGGGAGGAGUAGUUUGUUAGGAGGGAAAAAGAAAAUGUCUUCUUCAAGCAGUUUUUACCUUUGGUAAUACUUAGGCUAUGUUUGGA